AUGUGGGGCGGACGCUGCUCACCUUCCACCUCUUCCAGGCACCGCGCGUCGCUGCUGCAGCUGCUGCUGGCCGCGCUGCUGGCGGCGGGGGCGCGGGCCAGUGGCGAGUACUGCCACGGCUGGCUGGACGCGCAGGGCGUCUGGCGCAUCGGCUUCCAGUGCCCGGAGCGCUUCGACGGCGGCGACGCCACCAUCUGCUGCGGCAGCUGCGCGCUGCGCUACUGCUGCUCCAGCGCCGAGGCGCGCCUGGACCAGGGCGGCUGCGACAACGACCGCCAGCAGGGCGUAGGGGAGCCUGGCCGGACUGACCGAGAAGGCCCAGACAGCUCGGCAGUCCCCAUCUACGUGCCGUUUCUCAUCGUUGGCUCUGUGUUCGUUGCCUUCAUCAUCCUUGGGUCCCUCGUAGCAGCAUGCUGUUGCAGAUGUCUACGGCCAAAGCAGGACCCCCAGCAGAGCAGAGCCCCAGGGGGCAACCGGCUGAUGGAGACCAUCCCCAUGAUUCCCAGUGCCAGCACUUCGAGGGGCUCAUCCUCUCGUCAGUCCAGCACGGCUGCCAGCUCCAGCUCCAGUGCGAACUCGGGAGCCCGGGCUCCCCCGACGAGAUCACAGACCAAUUGCUGCUUGCCGGAGGGAACCAUGAACAAUGUGUACGUCAACAUGCCCACAAAUUUCUCUGUACUCAACUGUCAGCAGGCUACCCAGAUCGUACCCCAUCAGGGGCAGUACCUGCAUACUCCAUAUGUGGGGUAUGCAGUACAACAUGACUCUGUACCCAUGACGCCAGUGCCUCCAUUCAUGGAUGGCCUGCAGCCUGGCUACAGACCAGUGCAGCCCUCCUUUGCUCACACCAACAGUGAGCAGAAGAUGUUCCCUGCAGUGACUGUAUAGCCUGCAGGUCACAGAUUAGACUCCUUUAUGAGACUGAAAACCACAGGGCCUGAUUCUUGUACCAGGAGUC